CACCACACGAACAACUGUUAUGAGUAAGCUUACAUAWAUUUACUCCAGCCAAUUAUUUCGGUUGCUAUAAAAACAUUGAGUGAGGUCAAAUCGGGAAUAUUACAAUUACAUAAUCACUGGAGCAUUUGCUUUGACAGUCACAUGUGUUAUAAGAGCACUCCUAGCUUCGUUACUUUGGCCGUAAUAUGUUUUCCCAUUUCAGACCAUGUGUCAUUCCCUUGAGAAUCAUUUCUUUGUUUAACGGUUGUGCAUGAGAGGACACAUGAAUAUGGUACAACUUUAAAAAAAGAAUUUUAUUCUCAUGAGAAUGACAUGAGGAAUAUAUUACACACCCAAGAUCAUUAAGAUCACGCAGGUCUAUUAAACUGAUUGAGUCAUUACAAGGAUCACGUCACMUAGAGCCAAGCCUAGUUACAUAUAUAAUGUGGUAUAUUGAUGCUUCGAGAGAUUUGUCUACCACCUUUCUCUGGUGCAUAACAUUGUGGUGGUGCUAGCUGUCAGUGAUCAGUGUUCYAACACAUUAAGUGAGCCCUAUGCGUUUAAUCCAUCAUGGCCGAUGUCACCUGUUUCUCUUUUGAUGAUUACCACAAAAUAUCAGGAAAAGCUUCAUCCUAUAAUACAAUGUCACUAAGCAAAACAAAGGAGUUUGACUUGCARUAUAAAGUUAUAGUCAUUGGUGAAACAGCGGUUGGAAAGUCAUCUCUUAUAAGACGUUAUGCCAAUCCUGAACARCCAUUCACAAGCAAUAUGAUAUCAACAGUAGGCAUUGAUUUUGUUAAUGUUGACACCAAAGUAGAUGAUUUAACAGUAAGACUGCAGAUAUGGGAUACAGCAGGACAAGAGAGAUUUCGCACCAUGACAAAGAGCCAGUUUAGAGGAACAAAGGGUGUUCUGCUCGUGUAUGACAUAACCAAGGAUUUCUCAUACGAUCAGCUGCAGUUUUGGAUUAAGAGUAUCAAAGAAAGUAAGCUAGAUCAUGAAGAAUUUUUAAUAGUUGGUAAUAAAUAUGAUCUAAAUGAUGAAAGAGAGGUACCAAAAACAAGAGGAGAAGAGCUUGCCAAGAGUCUGGGUGUAAAAUACAUGGAAACAAGUGCCAAAACAGGGAGAAAUGUUAAAGAGGUUUUCCAUUCACUUGCAACACAAAUGAAAGAUGCAAAUGACCCCUUUGUGCAUGUUCGACGAGAAGAUUUUAACAUGAGUUUCACUGAUCGUCCAGAUGGGAUUAUUGUACCAAGGAAAGAAGAAAGAACAUCAGAUUCAGAGUCUAAAAAGAAAGGAUAUUCUUCAUAUUGCUGUUCUGGAUAAUAAUUAAAAUAGAUACAAUUAUGAUUUAAAAUAGACAAUUGCCCCCUUCACAGUUCCCUAUGCCUUCUUGAAAGGUACAUGUUAACCUGCGAACAUGCUAAAAGAACCAGAGACUGUUCGCAGGCUAGCAACCGUGCUUGUACAUAAGUGAUAACAGAGUUGACCUUACAAUGACCUUUUUGGACACCUUGAACAAUAUUAUUAUUCACAUGUCGAUAGGCCCUUUGCAGUUAACAGUCAUGUGUCUCUUGAAGGGCAAAAUUUAUGUUUUUAUAUGAAAUUGGUGAUUCUUUUUAGGUACUUUUAAUAAGAACUGAAUGAAACGAUGCGAUCCAGUGUGUUACGAAAUGCAUGUGCAGUUUAACUACAAUCUUUCGAAACAGGUUGUAGAAAGUUUGUUUGCUCACCAGUAAAUUCCACCCAUGGGAAUCAAGAUGUUCAUUCAUUUGCUCUCAGUGAAUAAAUCAGCACGUGAUCACUGAGCUGCAAAGGGCCUAUUCAGCUGAAAUCUAUUGGUGCUAAAAAAUUCUGGAUCCAUCCCCCAAGGCAUUAGACUUUUGAGCUGGACUCAACAGUCCAUGCAUUGUCCAGUAGCCCUUAGCCCUAAUGCUAGACGUGAAUGCAUCUACAUGACUGUAUAUAUUUUGAUGUGUUUAUUUAUAAAGCAUAUAAGGAUUGGCAGAACACGAGAAAACUGUAUAAGGAAUAUCCCCAGGUGCUUUUUACAACUGCUGGCACAGAGCUACCCAAUAGUCAUAUUUCAUUAUAAAUUUAAUGCAGUGUGAGAAAGAUCUCUACCCUCUGCUAGCUGGAUAUAACCUUAUUUCACAUUUUUAAAGUCAAACUGCACUGAGACAGAUGUUAAUAAAAGUACUAUAAUUAUU